CUCCCCUCCCCUCCAAGUGCCGGGAACCUCUUUGCACCCUCCUUGACGCGCAACAGCCAGGAGCGCAAUGGACGAGCCGAACAUCCUCCGACGCCGCGGGCUCCAGAAGGAGCUGAGCCUGCCUCGCCGUGGGAAAACCCUCUCGCCCGGGAGCCAGAGUCCGACCCUCCUCAGUCCCCUCAGCCCUCUCAGCCCCCUGGCGUUGCACCCCUGGAGCUGCCGACGGAGCAACCGGAAAAGUUUGGUGGUGGGGACCCCAUCGCCCACCCUCUCCCGCCCCCUCUCCCCGCUUUCAGUGACAACAGCCAGCAGCAGCAGCCCCCUCGACAGCCCCCGAAACUUCUCCUCCGGCACGUCGGCCAGCUUCCCCUUUGCCCGCAGCCAUGCUCCUCGGACCGACAGGGCUGACGGCCGAAGGUGGUCUCUGGCAUCCUUGCCCUCCUCCGGCUAUGGCACCAACACCCCCAGCUCCACCGUCUCGUCCUCCUCCUCCUCCUCGCAGGAGCGCCUCCACCAACUCCCUUACCAGCCCACUCCCGACGAACUCCAUUUCCUCUCCAAACACUUCCGCAGCACCGAGAGCGUGGCGGCCGAAGACGGGCGCCGAUCGCCCUACUUCCGGCCCCGAUCCCGGAGCCUCAGCCCCGGCCGGACGAGCGGGACGUUCGACAACGAGAUAGUGAUGAUGAACCACGUCUACAAGGAGCGGUUCCCGAAGGCCACGGCACAGAUGGAGGAGCGUCUGGCGGAGACGAUUGCCAACUUAUCGCCCAGCAACACUUUGCCGCUGGCCGACGGCGUCCUGGGCUUCAUCCACCACCAGAUCAUUGAGCUGGCGCGCGACUGCCUCUCCAAGUCGCGGGGGGCCCUCGUCACCUCCCGCUACUUCGCCGAGCUGCAGGAGAAGCUGGAGAAGAUGCUGCGAGACGCCCAGGAGCGCUCCGAGAGCGAAGAGCUGCGCUUUGUGGAACAGCUGGUCCGGAAAUUCCUCAUCAUCAUCUCCCGUCCAGCUCGGCUCCUGGAAUGCCUGGAAUUCGACCCAGAAGAGUUCUACCAUCUCUUGGAAGCCGCCGAAGGACACGCCAAAGUCGGGCAGGGGAUCAAGACCGAUAUUCCAAGAUACAUCAUCAGCCAGCUGGGUCUCGCCAAAGACCCCCUGGAGGAAAUUGUUCAGCUCGAUCAAGUAGAUUGCGGCUCUCUGUCGGGAUCAGAGCACCCGGGCGACUUCUCUGAGAGCCGCCCUCCUUCCACCGUUCCUCGAAGGAACCCGUGCGAGAGCGAUUUCGAAACCGUCAAGCUGAUCAGCAACGGAGCCUACGGGGCCGUCUACCUCGUGCGCCACAAGGAGACCCGCCAGCGCUUUGCCAUCAAGAAGAUCAACAAGCAAAACCUGGUCCUCCGCAACCAGAUCCAGCAGGUCUUCGUGGAGCGGGACAUCCUCACCUUUGCCGAAAACCCCUUUGUGGUCAGCAUGUUCUGCUCCUUCGAGACCCGGCGCCACCUCUGCAUGGUCAUGGAGUACGUCGAAGGUGGGGACUGCGCCACCCUCUUGAAGAACAUGGGUCCCCUUCCGGUGGACAUGGCCAGAAUGUAUUUUGCUGAGACGGUCCUGGCGUUGGAGUAUCUGCACAACUACGGCAUCGUCCACCGCGACCUCAAGCCGGACAACCUCCUCAUCACCUCCAUGGGGCACAUCAAGCUGACGGAUUUCGGACUCUCCAAAAUCGGGUUGAUGAACAUGGCCACCAACUUGUACGAGGGACACAUCGAAAAGGACACCCGGGAAUUCGUCGACAAGCAGGUGUGCGGGACCCCCGAGUACAUCGCCCCAGAGGUGAUCCUGAACCAGGGCUAUGGGAAGCCGGUCGACUGGUGGGCCAUGGGCAUCGUCCUCUACGAGUUCCUGGUGGGCUGCGUCCCCUUUUUCGGAGACACCCCGGAAGAGCUCUUCGGACAGGUGAUCAGCGACGAAAUUAUUUGGCCGGAGGGGGACGAGGCUCUCCCUCCCGACGCCCAGGACCUCAUCACCCAACUCUUGAAGCACUGCCCUCUGGAACGCCUGGGCACAGGAGGGGCGCACGAGGUGAAGCAGAACCCCUUUUUCCGCACCCUGGACUGGAACGGGCUCCUGCGGCAGAAGGCCGAGUUCAUCCCCCAGCUGGAAGCCGAGGACGACACCAGCUACUUCGACACUCGCUCGGAGCGCUAUCGCCACCUGGGGUCCGAAGACGAGGAGACCAACGACGAGGAGUCGUCCCUGGAGAUCCGGCAGUUCUCCUCUUGCUCACACCGGUUCAGCAAGGUGUACAGCAGCUCCGAACACCUGGCCAACGCCUCUUCCUCCCUGGGCGCCUCGCCGUCUCCGGAGCAAAGCCGCGCCGAGAAAGAGGACCGCGGGGAGCGCUGGGACGAGGAGAAGGGCCACCUGCCGGCCCCCGAGACCAGACUCCGCGCCUGGACCUCCUGCGGCUCGACGGCCCUCUCCUUCCGCCAGGAGUGCGGUGCCCGCGGGGGGCCCCCCGCCCUGAGCGCCACCUGCAGCCUGGAGGCCAUGCCCAGGUUCGCCUUCUCCUCCGAGGACGAGAGCCCCUGCCGGGCGCCCCCCAAGAGGGAGCGCCCCGUCUUCGUGGUGGGGGGCGACCCCGAGGGGCCGGCCAAGACCCCCGCGAAAGCCGCUGGGCUGGCAGCUGAGCUGUCCAGCCUGAGCCGGAUCCGUCUGCGGAGCAACAGCACGGGCACCAAGAACUCCCUGCCACUGGACGGCGAGGCCGGUGGGGGGCGCCGGGUUGGCAGCCACAAGGAAACGCCUGGGAAGCAGAGGACCCCCUCGGGGGGCAGCAGGGUGCCCAAGUCGGCCUCCGUCUCCGCCCUCUCGCUCAUCAUCGGGGCAGAUGACUUGGGGGGCGCUGCCCUGGUGAGCCCCAUCUCUCCCCGCUCCCUCUCCUCCAACCCCUCCUCCCGGGACUCAUCCCCCAGCCGCGACCCACUGCUGGGGGGCUCUGGCCUGCGGCCCCCCAUCGUCAUCCACAGCUCAGGCAAGAAGUACGGCUUCACCCUGCGCGCCAUCCGGGUCUACAUGGGCGACAGCGACGUCUACGCCGUGCAUCACAUGGUCUGGAGCGUUGAGGACAGCAGCCCCGCUCAGGAGGCGGGUUUGCGGGCCGGAGACCUCAUCACGCAUGUCAACGGAGAGUCGGUCCUGGGUCUGGUCCACAUGGACGUGGUUGAGCUUCUGCUGAAGAGCGGGAACAAGGUGGCGCUGCGCACCACGGCGCUGGAAAACACGAGCAUCAAGGUGGGCCCCGCGCGGAAAAACAGCUCCAGGACCCGGAUGGCCAGGAGGAGCAAGAAGAGCCGCCGGAGGGAGAGCCAGGACAGGCGGAAAUCGCUCUUCAGGAAGAUCUCCAAGCAGACCUCGUCGGCCCUCCACCCCAGCCGCAGCUUCUCCUCGGGGCUCCACCACUCCCUCUCCUCCGGGGACAGCCUGCCCGCCUCGCCCACCCACAGCCUCUCCCCGGGACCCCCCACCCCCUGCCGCAGCCCCGCCCCGGACGCCCCAACAGAUCCCGCCUCCCCGCAGACCACCUCCCCCUCGCCCAGCACGCCACCCUCCCCGGCCGGCCACAUCCGCCCCAGCUCCCUCCACGGCCUGGCACCCAAACUGGGCACCGCCGGGCGCUACAAAGUCGGGCGCCGCAAGUCCACCAGCAGCAUCCCGCCUUCGCCCCUGGCCUGCGCCGCCCCGCCCUCCCCGCAGAGGUCCCCCUCACCGCUGCCACCCUCCAAGGCGGGCAAGGCGCUUUCGCCGCCCGCGGGCACCCGUGCCCCCGACGGCGCCCGCUCGCCCCUGCUCCAGAGGGUCCAGUCGGCCGAGAAAAUCCCCGAGAAGGGCAGGCAGAAGGCGGCGACGGGCGAGCCGGGCGCUGGAGAUCCCGGCGCCCGGCGCUCCCAUGCCCGCCCUGGCACCGACUCCGAAGUGGUGGUUAUGCGCCACCUGAACCUCUCAGAGCGCCGGGACUCGUUCAAGAAGCAGGAGGCGGUGCAGGAGGUCAGCUUCGACGAGCCCGACGCGGAGGGUGCCCCCUGGCGCCCGCCGGUGCCCCACAUCGCGGUGCAGGGGGACCCCGAGUGGGAGUGCCAGGGGUCCUACCCGGCCCGGCUGGAAGCCCGCGUCUACAUCGAGCAGGAAGACGGCACCACGGCGGUGGAGUUCGCCAGCGUCUCGCCCCCCGGGCGCAGGACAAGUGGCGGAGCGCCCAGUCCCCCCAGGAGGCGGUUGUGGGGGGCGCUGGGCACCCCCGAGAGGCCCUCCGGAGCCUGGCUGCCCGCUGUGGACCAGGAAGAGGACUCUGCGCCCAGGCAGAGGGGCGUUGAGGAAGACCAGUGAACUUCCGGGGGGCAGGGAAGGAGGCGCCCCUUUCCCUGCCCUAAAGGGGGCCCGCUGUUUCUGGAAUCUCCCCAGGGUGUUUUGGGGGGCAGUUGGGCAUGGGGGCAGUGGCAAGCCAGUUGUGGGCAUCUAGAGGGCAUGCCUAUUUUAAUGGGGGUCUUGGGGGGGAUAAUUCUCUUUGGGAUUGGGGAAAGGCCUCUUCCUAGAGGCUAGGCCUAACAUCUGGGGCCAGAGGGGGGCUGGCGCCCGAAACAUCUGGGGGGCAGAGCCCCCAAUGAAGAAGGGGCACAAAAAUGGGCACAUUCUUCUAUUUAGAAAGAAGCAUUUUCUCCCCGGAGUGGGGAAACAUCUGGGGCUCUGUCCUUGAGAUUGCCAGCCCUUCAGUUACAGAAUCCCAGCUUUGGGACACCGGGAGGUGAUCCAGCCCAACCCGCGCCAACGCAGGAGUCGGGUCCCCAAGACGUCCGUGCCCCCCUGCGCCGCCGCCUCCGGUCUGGGCCCCAGACCCCGCCCCGAUGCCAGGGGACCCCCAUCCUCGUUGCGUGGCCCCUGGCUCCAGAACGCUGCUGUGAUUCCUGCAUUGGGACCCUGGGAGUCCCGUCGGGGUCCGGGAUUCGCACCCGGUCCCCACACCCAGAGCCGAGUUUUUCAGCCCCCCGGGGGUCAACCCCAGCAUGAGAGCAGGUGGCGGACUUGGGGGGAGAAAGGGAGGAGUCCGCAAGGAACGCCCCGAAUCAGGUCGGGAGCCUAUGGGGAGGAGAUGUGUGGGUCAGCAAGUGGGGUUCACUCUGUGGUUAGAAGGGGGACCCCGGGAGCGUUGCCCAAGGAAGAGGGGGUCCGCUGUUCCCGUCGCGAGGGGCAGCAGCCCCAAACAGGGUCAUUUCCUGAUGUUGGACCCCAAUUUCCCUGACUGUUAAGCCAUGCUGGCAUCUGGCUCUACCCUAAUAUUCCCAACCCUGGCCGGCAGCAUCUCUGCAGGAUUUCGCUCAGCCAAUCUCCCAGCUGGAGAUGCCAGUGGUAAGAACUGAACCCGGGACCUUCUGCAGGAAGAACUGAUAUUUCCCCCCCUUGUGCCGCAGCCCCUCUGUUACUAAUAAAGUUUCUAGACCUCGUGGAGGAGAGGGAACCCAUUGAGCUCUUCCCUGGCAGGCAGGGGUCUUUUGGGGGACCUUCUCUGCCAUGUUUAAUCCCAAAAUGUCAAGUUUCUAGUCCUCGUCGGCCGGAUUUGCUUCCUGCAAAAAAGCAAUUUAAUUGGGGGCCUGGAAGCGAGAAAAGCCUGGAUCUUGCGCGGAUUCGCACAUGCAGGGAGAUUUCUGGAAGCAAGAGCCUCCUUAAUAGAGGCAGCUUGGCUCGCUUUCCCGAUCUGGGGCAACGCUGCGUUUGAGGGGUGCUGCCCCCCUUUCCCGGGAACCCCAGACUCCUUCCCCACAAGCCCCCCCAAGGUAUAGAUAUAUAUCCGGGUUCCCCAAACUGCUUCCCCGUUUAACUUUGCCCUGGUUACUUAUGGUGUCCUCAACUUUCCCAUCUGCGAAAUGGGCUCCCCUGAAUUUAACCCUUGAGGAACUUAGCAAAUUUUUUUUAUGGUGGCAGCAGAAAGUUUGGGGGCUGCUCAGCUCUUGCACACGGUUUUUCGGAUUUGGGAAUUUGGGGGUGGGGAACCCCCUCCUCGGUUUGCUUUACGGAAAACGGUCUCUGGAAGCCCGUUUUUGGGAAGGAAAAUAAAGUAAGUUAUGAAUGGAACCAGAA